UUAUUGUGUCAGGUAGGGAGACACGGUCUGGAGACACGGGCUGGGUUCACCCCCUAAAGACACCCACAUCUGGACUAACUGUCGGGACAGAGAAGGGGGGGCGGAUCUGGAGCGGAUCUGAGAGUAGCCCGGUCCGGUUUGGAGCGGAUUUGACUCGUUUGGGAGCGGGUUUGUAACGGGUGUGGACCGCCUGGAAAGAAAGAAGGAGGGAAAGUUUAAUUCAUUUUCUGUUCACGUCUCUGCAGCACAGUUGUCAGUCAUGUGUAGGUAGAGACUGGCUCCACGGCGCCCACCAUGCGAAAGCAUCUGGACAGGAUCCGGUUCCGGGGUCAGAGACGGGACGAGUUCCUGGAUCUGGCCGAGUCGCCCAACACGUCAGACACAGAAUGCACCGAGGAGAUCGUGAUUAAACCACGUACCUCCGUCAGAGAGACGGAGGAGCUGAGGGAGGCGGAGGGAGAGCAGCAGCAGAGUGAAGCUCAGGCUGGUCCAGGAUCAUUUUCUGCAGCUCUCCAAGAGGACCAGAGAACAGAUCUCAACGAGGUCAAAGGUCACCUAGAAAUCGCCUUGUUAGAGAAACACUUCUUACAGGAGGAGCUGAGGAAACUUAAAGAGGAGUCCAAUGUGGAGUCACUGAAACAGGAGCUGGAGAGGGAGCGCAGCAGAUGCAACGAGCUGGAGCAGAAGAUCAACGACGUCUUGAGAUCCAGCCUUGAAGACUCACCUUCUCAGACACCUAAACCAUCACCCCCGCUCCCUCCUCCGUCUACUGUUAGCAGCACAGACAAACAGAAGGACAAGCUGUCUGACAGCUUCCUGAAAUGGCUUUACAAUCGUUUUGGUGUUUAUAUCGAGGACUUCCGUUUCCAACCAGAGGAGCAUACGGUGGAAACGGAGGAGCCACUGAGUGCCAAGAGGUUGACUGAAAACAUGAGACGGCUCAAACGGGGAUUCAGACCUGUGACCAACUUCAAGAGGAAUCUUUCUGCCUUAUCCAGCUGGUACUCUGUUUACACGUCGGCCAUCGCCUUCAUUGUCUACAUGUAUGCAGCGUGGCACGGCUGGGCCGUCCCCAUGUUCCUGUUCCUCGCCAUCCUCCGCCUCUCCUUAAAUUAUCUCAUCGCCAGAGGCUGGAGGAUCCAGUGGAGCAUCGUACCUGAAGUCUCAGAGCCUGUGGAGCCUCCUAAAGAAGACCUGACAGUGUCGGAGAAGUUCCAGCUGGUUCUGGACGUCGCUCAGAAAGCUCAGAAUCUGUUUGGCAAGAUGGCAAACAUCCUGGAGAAAAUAAAGAAUCUGUUCAUGUGGGUUCAACCAGAGUUGACUCAGAAGCUGUAUGUUGGUCUGUGGUUGGCCUUCAUCUCCUCCUGCCUGCUGCCUUACAAACUGCUGGGAUUCAUCAUAGGUGUUUACGCAGGUAUAAAGUUCUUCAUCAUUGACUUCAUCUUUAAGAGUUGUCCCAAGCUGAGGCAGCGCUACGACACACCCUACAUCAUCUGGACCAAUUUACCCACUGACCUGCAGCUGAAGGAGCGCAGCAACACCACGCUGAGCAGACGGGUUCCUGCGGCGGGGGGGCGAGGCAGCUUAGGUGCUGCAGCUCCACUGGGUGUCAGCCGGGACGAGGACGGAGGACGAUACUACAGCACCAAGAGAGGAACUUUUCACGAAGUCUUCAACCUACCGGAAAGUGAGCACCCUCUGACAGUGUGUGAGAAUGGCUGGCGCUGCUGCCUCAUCAACAGAGACCGGAAGACGCCGACAGACUACAUCCGCAAUGGAGUCCUCUAUGUCACUGAGAAUCAUCUGUGUUUCGAGAGCUCCAGUUCCAGGUCUGGAUCCUCUAAGAGGAACAAAGUCAUCAAACUCACCGACAUCACCGACAUCCAGAAGUACAAAGUUUUGUCCGUGCUGCCCGGAUCUGGGAUGGGGAUCUCCAUAGCAACGCCCUCCACCCAAAAGCCGAUGGUGUUCGGUGCCAUGAUCCACAGAGACGAGGCCUUCGACGCCAUCAACACUCAGUACAUGAAGAUCAAUUGCUUUGCUACAGCCACCAACCCAGAGACAUAGUAACACCUUCACAAAAUGGCUGCCUUUACACAAACACCGGACUUCUUCACACAGCUGCUGAACUUUAGUUUGAGUUGCUUCCAUGUGAUUAGGGAUACUUGCUUAGUCAUCAAAACUAAAUGAUUUUCUGACAUUAAAUCACUGAAUACAGUAAUUAACAUUAUCCGAUUCCAACAGAUCACUGACUUUAUGUCAGAAUCAGCCAAACCAAUACUAAUUACUGUUCUUAAACAGUUUUAUAGAAAGUUCCCUCAAAAUAGGCCAGUUUAUGUCACAGUGUUAGUUUACUGUAUAUUCUCCAGGUAAUUGCUGGUAUUUAAAUUAUGGCUUCUCAUUGACUCAGUUUACAUGCACAAAAUGUUACUGUUUUUGUCCCUUUUCUAAAGACAAUAUUCCUACAAAUCUCCGUGGAGCUCAACAUUUCCUGGGCAGAUGCUUCACAAUGAAAGUCUUCCAAGGGCACAAUCUUUCCUAUACUUGGCAGGCUUUUAAUGUGAAACAUCUACAGGGAAAUUGUUAAGAAACACAUGUUAUUCAAGCUACAGUUGUUUAGUUCUCAGAGAUAAUCAGUGGUUUACGAUGUAAGAAGAAUGUGAUAGAUCAGUUUGUUCAGACUGAUCGGCUGGACCAACACACUGCCACCUGCAGCAUCAGUCAGCUGUGUCAUGUGACUGGCUGCAGGUUGUGUCAUUUCAGCUUACUACCACAGAGGUCUGUUACACUGAUUAUAUAUUACAGCGGAAAGUUUAAGACAGAAUUAAUCAACAACUACUUUGAUAAUCAAUGUAUCAUUUAAUUAACUUAUUAAUCAGAAUCUCCCAUCAUUGGCUGUUACUUCUCCAGUGCUGCUUUUCUCUGUUUUAUGUAUCAUUGUAAACUAAGUGCACUGUUAGCAGGACAAAACAAGAUGUCAACUUGGAUUCUGGACAUUUUUAAGUUUUCUGACAUUUGAGUGCGAUGGAUAUCUGUCUGCAGUUGGUGUAGUGAAUAAGUUCACUAAGAGACAAAAAUAUUAAAGAACAGAUAAAGUAUCCGGGAAGACACUUGUAUCAAACAAUAACAGGGCGUCUUCCUCUGUAAAUUAAUCAGAAUCAGAAUCAGAAAUACUUUAAUAAUCCCUGUGGGGAAAUUACUUACUUAGCCUCUAGCGGUAGCAUCAAAAAUGAAAUUUGCAACCCUUGAGUCAACAAUCACAGCCAAACUGAACUUUAAAGUGCGGCUGCAACCAGUGAUUAUUAAUCAAAUAAUGCUGGUCUGCUGAUAUUUUCUCAAUUAAUCGAUUUCUUCUAGAAUACAAAUAAUGACAACAGUUAUUUUGCUUUGCCUGGCGAACGGCUGAAACCCCCAAAAGUAUUCAGUUUAGAAUAAUGCGAGACCGAGAAAAGCUGCACAUUGUCUCUCUCAUUACUGCUGCGUCCUGUCUGUCCUGGUAAUGUAUUAGAUGGGAAAGUUUACUGCACAACCUGUCAGCGCUGAAACGAUUAGCCUACCAGAUUUUCUGAUUAUAUUCCACCUACAUUUGAAGGAAAAAAAAUAUUCUUUUGGAUUUAAAUCAGUUGUUUUUACAGUGUUAUUGUCGGAUAAACAUGUUUAAACCUCAUAUUAAUUUACAUUAGUGUCUUCAGGGAAAAUCGUCAUUAUGACUCUGUAUUGUACUUAGCAGCUAAGCCUUACAGUCUGUUAAUAUUAGUGUGUGGUUUUUUACGUGGUGGUAAGAGACUGUACCCUAUAUGAAUGUUCAAAAACUAGCUUCUGUGCAACAUUUAAUGUAAACCACAAAAUUAACUUUUAGCCUUUUUUUUUGCCC